AUGUCCAAUAUCAAAGCAGUGCAGCCAGAACAAAUCACUGUCUCCUUACCUGACAUGUUCCAAACCUUCCUCAAGCAAGCACCAGAAGUAAAUCCUCAUUAUGAAGCUGUCAAAGUGGAGUCGGAAGAAGCACUGGGCAGAUUCUGCGCCUUUGGGCCGAAAAUGAAAAAGAAGAUUAACAAAUGCGACUUCUCGUAUUUCUGCGCCAUUGCCGCUCCGCACGCUUCUCGAUCGAGGUUUCGAACGUUGUGCGACUGGGGAAACUGGGUCUUUCCAUACGAUGACAUCUUAGUGUUUGACAAUGGACACCUACGCGAUCGACCGGAAGAAUCCCAGCUCGUAAUGGAGAGCUUGAUGAUGCCCAUGCUGAGUAGUGCUUCCAAGAAAGGCAUCCGCACCAAGGGUCGCCUGCGGAUUGUACAGUUCCACGAUACUGUUGUCAAAAGAAUGGCCAUGAAAUCACCCACCGGCGUCCAACGGAGAUUUGCCCUCGCAAUGCAAGGUUAUUGCCGAGGCGCACUCGUGCAGAUCGAUAACCAGUUUUCCGGAAAACGCCCCACGCUCGAAGAAAUCGCCAUGAUCCGCCGAGAGUCCGCGGGCUGCAGACCCCUAUACCACCUGGUCGAAUAUGCGCAUCGCCUCCAGGUGCCGGACGAGGUGUUUGACCAUCCGGUCAUUCAGGAGCUGGAAAACAUCGGCAUGGACAUGGUAGCCAUAAUCAUGCGCAGAUCAAAUGACAUUCUGUCCUACCGCAAAGAACAAGCAGAGGGAGUGCCGCACAACAUGGUCACGGCCUGUCGACUCAAUGGACUAUCGGCACAAGAAGCAUUUGACAAGGUAGGCAAACUCCUUGAAGACCGCUACCGGCGUUGGGACAGGGCAGAGGCCUGUGUGCCGAGCUGGGGAGAGGAGGCCGACGUUCAGGUCCGAAAGUACAUUGAGGGCAUCAAAUGCGUAGUCAGAGCCAAUCUCAACUGGAGUUUUAAAUCCGAGCGUUACCUGGGCUCUAAUCCCGACGUGGUUCGAGCGACUCGAAAGCUUCAAAUUCUGGCGGAUUCGCCGGCUAUAGAUGUGCAGCCACAGCUGUUUGACAGAACGCUUCUACUUGAGAUUUCAUUCUUGCUGGGUAUUUGUUUUUCUUUGCGAAUGAUCUUCCCCUGGCAAUUGUUUUUUGGUUAA